GGUGGAUUUUAUUACGCUGCUAUUGCACGCCUCGUUUUUGUACAUCACGCAACAUUUUGCGUUAAUUCCGUAGCGCAUUACCUUGGUGAUAAACCGUUUGAUGAUCGUCACACUCCACGCGACCAUUUUAUUACUGCAAUUCUAAGUUUGGGCGAAGGUUAUCAUAAUUUUCAUCAUGAAUUUCCAAUGGAUUAUAGAAAUGCCAUAAAAUUUUAUCAGUAUGACCCAACAAAGUGGUUGAUUAGAUUCCUUUCGUAUUUUGGAUUCACACGUCAUUUGAAGACAUUUCCUGAUAACGAAAUAAAGAAGGGUCAAAUAAUUAUGAAACAAAAAAAAUUAGAUGAAGAAAAAAUGAAAUUGAAUUGGGGUGUUCCAUUAGAUCAAUUACCUAUUUAUACUUUUGAUGAAUUUUUAGAAAAUGCUAUUUCAAAUAAUUUGAUUUGUAUUGAAGGCAUAAUUUAUGAUGUCAGUAGUUUUAUGGAUGAACAUCCUGGUGGUAAAACACUUAUCGUUACUUCCUUGGGAAAGGAUAUGACCACUGCAUUUAAUGGUGGUGUUUAUGACCAUUCGAAUGCUGCUAGGAAUUUGAUGUCUUCUUUUCGUGUUGGUGUUAUUUCGGGUGGUGGUGAAGUUGAAUCUC